AUGAUUUAAAGUUAGCCAUAUCAAUACCGCUUUGGAUCAGAACCUCUACACAGCAUAGUCAAAAGUCUAAAUCUGCCCAUUUAAUUUGAAUACGUUCAAGAAAUCUGCAUUUUUGAAUAAUUAAUAAAAUUAGUUGAGAUUUCAGAAAAACUAGAAAAUUAUAGCAAAUAUUUCACAAAUUCAAUCAAUAAAUUAGAAUAGCUCAAACCCUUUUAUUAAACUAUUCAAUCAUCUUUUCAUUAAGGAGUCGACAAGAAAAAUGAAAUCUGUGAACAUUGUCAUAAUAUCUAAAAUUAUAUUAUCCAAAAUCAAUUCAAAUACUUAGAACAUGAGAAAUUGCUUUCAGUAUCAGACUUGCUAUUAGUGGAGUUAUUGGAGAUUGUUAACAAUAUGUAUCCCAAUAUACUCUACAAUCACUAUCAAAUUUUGUAUUAAUUUUUAGCAAAAGUCUUAUCCAACAAUGUAUUGUAGAAUUACUACUUCAAUGUGGAUUUCAUGAUGAAGGAUUUCUCGCCCAAUAUUAAGAAUGCUCAAAAUAUUUUGAAAGGAAUCAUAUAGACUAAUUUACCAACUUUCCAUGAUUUUGCCCAAUGUCAAGGAAUAUUGUAUAGGUACAAGGAGGAUGGCAAAUAAUUCCCAGAUAAUUGCCCAGUUAGCUUGUUUCCCUUAUAUGUAUAAUAUUAAUCUAUUGAUUAGAUAAACUACGAUAUAAUUAAUGAUCUAAAGAAGAAAACGAUCUUAUAGUAAAAGGUGGUUGCCAAGAUGGGUAUGGAUUUUGAAUGGUACACAAGUAUAUUGGGAAGAUUGGCAAAGCAUGAUGAAUUCAUAAGAAGAAUGAUUUCAAUAUAAGCCAAGGUAGAAAAAUCAGAAACAAAAUGCCCUUAUACAAUUUGCAUUGUAAGGAAUGAUUUUUUGCACCAUGCUUCUUUGAAUCAAUGGAUGCAAGUAGAAUAUAAUUGCAUUGCCAUAAGUUUUGGGUUUAUCUCAGAUAGAGUUCAGAAGUACCAUUCACUCCUAUUUGAUUCUUAUUAUAAGUAAAUAAGAGAGAAUUACAAAGUAAAAGUGAAACAAGAUUUAAAUCAUGAUAUAAUGGUUGAUGCAUUACACAAAGCAUAUGGAUUGUACAAUAAUAAAAAUGCCAUUGUUCUAAUAAUAACAGCAGAAUUUGAAGGGAAUAUAUAUGAUUAGAGAUACAUAGAAAAAGGAUUAGCGAAAUUAGGAAUUUUAAGUAAAAGAACUACAUUUCUAAGACUUAUCGGGAACAUUACAUCAGAGAAUGGAAUUCUAAGGGCAUUUGGAUAAGAAGUAGCUUUGGUGUAUUUUAGAACUGGAUAUACCUUUGAUCAAUAUGAUAAUGAAGUAUAUAUUGAUAUCAUUUCAGGAAUGCUGGAGUAUAAGAGAGAUGAUUGAAUUAAGUAAAGCACUCAAAUGUCCAAGUUUGAAUACUUAGUUGGUGAAUUUUAAGAAGCUUUAACAAAUUUUAUUAGAUGAAACUUAAAUCUAGAAGUUUUUGAACAAAGAUGAAGCCAAACUAAUAAGUGAGAAUUAUUGUAAAAUUUGGGGUUUUGAUCAUGAAGACUAGCACGAAAAGGUAAUCCAGAUUCAUUUAAUAUUAUAUUAGUUGAUUGAAAUGAUCCAAUAGAAUCCUCAUGAUUAUGUGUUAAAGCCAUAAAGAGAAGGAGGAGGAAACAAUUAUUAUGAUGAUUAAAUCAUUCCUGAACUAUUAAAAUUGACUCCUGAGUAAAGAACUGAGUUUAUUGUAAUGGAAAGAAUCAAACCUAUACCUAGGAUCGGAUUCCUGAUGAGAAGAGGACAAUUAGAUAUCUAAGCUGUGAUAAGUGAAAUCAGUGUUAUUGGUUAUUUUAUAAAUGAGGGAGAGAAGAUAUUGGUGAAUGAAGUCGGUGGGUAUCUUGUUAGGACAAAAAGAUACUUGGAUAAUGAAGGAGGAGUGGCAGCAGGUUAUGCAGUGGUAGACUCUUUUAUGGUAUCUGAUAGUUGAUUGAUGG